AUGCACAAGCCCAUGGAGAAGUCCCAAAACUUCCGCAUCGAAGCGCUCCUGGCCGAAGAGCCGGCGCGGAGCGCCUCCCCGCCGGGGCUGAGCCCCGGGAGCCCCUCGGCGAGCCCCGGCCCCGCCGGGCGCUCCGACACCCCCUCACCGCGGGCAGCCCCGGCCGCUGCGCCCCUCGCUCCGGCCGGCUUCGUCCCCAAGCCCGGCUUGCUGCAUCUCUCUGGCCCCGGGCUCGGCGCCCUGCCGGCCCUCUAUCCGCCCGCCGUGUACCCGCUCCCGACCCUGGGGGGCCAGCACCCCGCCUUCGCCUACACCGGCAUCCCGCACCUGCCGCCGCCCGGCGCAGAGCACCUGAAGGCGGCCGUGGCCGGCUCCUUUCCGCUGGAGCACUGGAUCCGAGCCGGGAUGCUGGUGCCGAGGCUGUCCGACUUCAAUGCUGCCCCACAGUCUGGCUUGAUGGGGAAGUGCCGUCGGCCCCGCACAGCAUUCACCAGCCAACAGCUCCUGGAGCUGGAGAACCAGUUCAAGCUCAACAAGUAUCUGUCCAGACCCAAGCGUUUUGAGGUGGCCACGUCACUGAUGCUCACUGAGACACAGGUGAAGAUCUGGUUCCAGAACCGCCGCAUGAAGUGGAAGCGGAGUCGCAAGGCCAAGGAGCAGGGGGCUCAGGUGGAGGCUGAGAAGCAACGAGGGCUCAGCAAAACCUGCGAGAAGCUGCUGCCUGGCGAGCCCCAGGGACAAGCUGCCAAAAGCCCCGAGUUUGUGGGGCACAGCCCUGACUCAGGCUUCCUGCACUGCAGCACCACCGAGCUGAGCUAUGGUCCGGACUCAUCUUGCUCGGGGGGCGAGGAAGAGGAGGAGGACGAGAUGGGUGCCACAGAGAGGAAGAUUGGCUCUGUGUUGUGAAAGGCAAAUGGAGCCAGCUGGGGAGAGGGGCCGGGCUGUGUUUUGGGGGGUCUCUUUGCUGGCAGACACAGACUGUGCCUGGAAGG